GUAUGCUAAAAGCGAGAAACCACUUUCAGAUUAAAAAGAACACAUUUCACCAGGUAUCUCUCCGAGAACACUCAUUGUUGCUAGUGUGGCGAUCCACUUCGCGGUUCCUCUCCUGCGCUAGUUCUUCAACCUAUAAAACAACAUGAAUAUUCCCGACGUCGUUAAUUCCACAGACUCCUUUCUGAUAGGUUCUUCCAACCUCGACGAAAGCUAUUUGAAUGCUACGCUAUUUCAAGAUUACGACAAUUCGUCUUCUUCAUUCAUGAAUAACUCCUGGAACAUUAGCCAGGAACAGGGGAAGGUAUACAGCCAACUCAGCUUGGUUUACCAAGUAAUUCCUAAAGUACUAGCGAUUUUGGGAACUGUAGGAAAUGUCCUGACAUUCAUUGUGUUCCUGUGGAGUAAGAGCUUGAGGAAGACUGCCCUUGCCCAGUUCCUGUUGGCCCUGGCAGUCACGGAUACGCUGCUUCUAUGGCUACAUUUACUGUACACGCUAACAGCGUCGGGGGAUCUAGAAAUAAGAAGUGCGGUUGCGUGCAAAGUGCUGGUAUGGCUGACCGACACUGUCACCUACGUCUCGUCAUGGCUCAUCGUCACCGUGACAUUCAAUAGAUUCAUCGUCAUUGUCCUUCCCCUACGAGCCACCAGGUGGUGUCAGAAAAGAAACGCGCGGAUUGCUAUCUUUGUGAUCGUGAGUGUAUUUUCAUUAGUCAGCAUAUAUAAUUUCUGGGCAUGGGACGACGUGUUUGUCUCCAAGAAAUACUAUAUGUGUAAAAUGACCAGAAAAGAACUCAUUAGACCUAGGAUAAUAAUGGUGAUUGUACUCUUCAGUCUGUUGCCCUCUCUCACUUUGUUCACUAUGAAUGGGAUUAUCAUGAAGAACCUCUCCGAGGCUUUGUCCAAGCAGGCAGUUUACCGUGCUAGUUUCAACAAGCAGAAAGUCAAGGGGGUUCAGCGCCAGCUUGACAUUUUACUUUUAACCCUCUCCUUUUCAUUCCUGAUUUUAACUCUACCUCUUACUCUUGUCGACAUUGUAAUUUUUUCGAUGUAUGACGAUACCAGCGUGCUGCCACGCGAUGACAUUUUUGUUAGACUGUAUAUGAGCAGAGAGAUUCUGAACAUUUUCUCGCUCACAAACAACUGCCUUAUUUUUCCGUUGUACUGUGUUUCUGGAAGAAAGUUCCGAGGAGAGUUGAAAAGCGUUUUCUGCCGCAUCAAACUAAGGCUGGAGCAGAAUGUAGAAAGAGAUCCGCCCCCUGAUGCUCUCUGAACUGAGAGAUUCAUGGCUGAGGCGUUCUAGAACAUAGACUCUAUGUAACAUUCUGUUUCAUUUAACGAUUACUUGUAGAACAGAGCGCAAAACGAUAUUGUACGCUAAUGCUUUUGUACUCAUACAGAAAAAAAGGCAUCCACACGUAUUUUAAGAUGUGUAGGUAUUCAAAGUUGCAUCGGUAUUGUCAUUCGUCACCAAGAAAUCAGCAGACUCAGGGAAUAGAGUGCACCUUCUGUGAAUUGAAGUUCAGUUUCAUUCUGUUAUUUGUAUGAUGGCGU